AUGACGAGUCAAUACAAUUUACGCCCAAACCCUAAACCCUCUAGGAAACUAGUCGAAAAUAGCGAGGAUAGUGACGAUAAUAAUCAAGAAGACAACAACAUUGAAAUUCACACAAACACUAACACCAGCGAUAUUAGUGAAGAUGAAUCAUGGACACUAACAGCGAAAAGCCCUGAAACAUUAUCACAACAAACACACUCAGAAAACAAAUCCUUCGACGAGCAAUCAUUCCACGAUUCCGAGUCAUCGCGAUCGGAUAUUGUAGCCGUAGCCGCAAAGCAAACAAAUUUUACCGACCAACACCAAAUCAACGUCCCGGUGAACGAUGAACAAGGAAUGAUGGGAAUGAAUAUGACAGCUGAUAGGCCUACGUUCCUUACGACGGCAACAGAAACACAACAGCCAAUCACAACACAGUUUCAUGACGAUCAAUCACAGCGAGCUUCUCAACAUGCUACAGCAAGCACCGUCACUCAACUACCCGACCCGAAACCCGACUUUAUGACCCAAAUUCAAACGCUAUUCCAAUCUUUGGAUAAUAAAAUGAUAUCGUUGGAAACCAGUAUUAAAGAUGAAAUAAAGACCCACUAUAAAAUCCUCGAUACUAAAAUUGAAUCUAUCACUGAAUCACAAAAUAAACUACAAUUGGAAUUAAACUAUGUGAAGGAAAAUCAACAAAAACAAUCAGAGGAAAUGAAAUCAAUUGAAUCUAAAUUAACUACCCAAGUUGCCGAAAGCUCAUAUAAUCUAAAAAUCUACCUGAAAGCAGAUCUACAUGCCCAUAAAACUGAAGUAAAUGACACAGUCCAUACCCAAAAUCAAAUUAUUAGGGAAGAGUUGAGCCAGACUAUGAAUACUAAUUUAAAUAAUAUUAAAAGUCAAAUUCAGGAAACAUAUGAAACACAGCAUAAACAACUCAGACACACAGUAAGUGAAAAUACUCAACGGAUUCAAGAACAACUAGAACCACAGAUUAAAGCAAAUCAAGACAGAGUUGAACAAAACAUUGAAUUAAUAGAAAAUAUGAAAACAACACUAAGUGAACAUCAUAACAAGAUUGAAUCUCUACAACACGAAGCCACUGUUAAACAGAGUACAUUCACCCCUAACAUUUAUGUAUCUUGCGGUAGCGGAACUAAUGUUGACUCAGACGUACCUAAAUUCACUGGACGAGCACACAACCCCAAAGAGUUCUUAAACAAACUACAAAAAUAUUACUGUCGCAAUUUGGUUCGCCAGAGUCCCACAACCGACCCUAAAGAAUUCUUAAUUGAUACGAUAGAGAUGAGUUUAGGUGGGAGCGCUUCACGAUGGUUUUCUCUUAUCAAAAGUAAUAUUAAUACAUGGGAUGAGUUUGAGAGCAUGUUUCUCAUGAAAUUUUGGAGCCAAUCAGUACAGCGUGGAAUUCGACAUAGAUUGGAAAACGAGAGGUACCGUCCUGGAGGAAAACUGACCCGCUCAGAAUACUUUAUAGAGAGAGUCAUAACGUUGAAAUCAAUGUCCCCACCUUUGACCGAUGAAGAAAUUAUUACAUUGCUAAGCGAUCACUUCAGUGAACUAAUACAAGAUGCCCGCAUAGUACAGAAUGCCAACACAAUAUUUGCAUUUGAAUCGAUCCUCCAGCGUGAAGAUAUAAAAGACGGAAAUCGCCGGAAUAAACAAAACCAUCCCCCAUCACACAAUACACCAGCGACAAACCGAAAUGAACCAAGGCCCAACUAUAACACACAACCACAAAACAGAUAUCCUGACCGCACUAAUAACAUCAACCAAAAUGCAUACCAACCAAGAUAUGACAUGAAGUAUCAACAAAACAAUCGACCAUACAACCACAACCAACAAUACAAUAACCGGCCAAACCAACAAAACUGGUUCCCAUACCCACAAGGCAGAUUUCCACAAAAUUCAAAUAAUUAUCCCACUAGGAAAGGAAACCGAACUGAACCCAAUUAUAUGACCCCAGAACAACUACAAGUCUGUACCACCAUAAUCGAUAAAACCGACCAACCACAUAAGUCGGAUUUAAACUAA